AACUGCCAGUCAACGGGCACAACUCAAGCGCUGCAGUCGCGUCAAGAAGCUAACCAAACAAGUUAAACACAAAACUAAAUUCAUUCGAUACGAUUUGGAUUCGCAUCUGCUGAUCAGGCCAAAAACAAUUUGCGUGGCGUGUGUGUUGUCUGCCGUAGAAUUGUUUUAGUUAUUGUUGUUAUUGCCGCUACUGCCACAGCUGAGGUUGCUGUGCUGUUUAGUUGCGUGAAAGUCGUUGGAGCAUUGAAGCCGUUGCAGUUAGUUAAUUUGCAGACGAGAAGAGUUCAAUGUAAUAAUUAAGGACUCGUACGAUAUAUAACAAACAACACAGACAAUUAACAAGUGAAACCACAUUACUCGGCCAGCUGCUAGACUAAAGCCAUAAUCAUGCUGUUUCUCACAAAGAGUUCAAGUGCGCGACGCUCAUUGCUGGCUCUGCUGCUGGCUGUAUGCUUUCUGAGCUGUGCUUUGGGCGCCAAAAUAGUCAAAAAAGUUGAAAAGGCGCCGUCAAAUGCCAAUGACAAUGAAGACAAAGCCGAUACAGCAGCGGCAGCAGCAGCGGCAGCAGCUGAAAAGCCAGCGAAUAGCAGCGAUGACGAUGAUGAGGAGACUGAAGACGAGGAUGCCGAUGAGGAUGAUAAUGAAGAUGAGCCUGAGGCUGAGGAAGAAGAAGAGAAUGAGGAAGAGCAAUCAGCAGAUAAGGAAGCUGCAGUAGCAGCGACCUCGACCACAGACCAGAAUCAGUUGAAGCCCGCUGCCGAUCCCACAGAUCUCAGUGUCUGGGGCAUGGUGCGCACACUUUGGAACUGGCUGCGCAGCGAUCUCAGUGAAAGUCUGUUCGGCGACGACGACGAYGGCGACAACAAUAAGAAAGAGAAGCCAGCUGUCGUAGAGGGCCGUACCUUUGGCAAGAUUCGACGUCUACAAAUGGCUAUGAUACCCAUCAUCUUUAAGUUUGGCGUGCUCUCAGCUAUGGUUGCAUUCCUGGUCGCCAUUGGCAUGAAAUCGUUGUUCCUCCUGAAGGUUUUGAUUGUGAUGAACGCGCUCGCCAUACUGGGCAAGUUCCUAACGCUGAAGACGAGUCUGUUCGGUCAGUACGAGAAUUCAGCGCCCAGCUUCAGUUACCCCGGCUGGAAUCCGCAUGCCAAGGAAUCGUGGACGCCCACUGGCUUUAGCGGCAGCCCACCGUCGGGAUCACAUCCGCCCAGCAAGGAGAUUCACUUGCACAUCCACGGCAAUGCCCCGGUACAGGCGCAGUCACCCAGCCAGAGCUACACCUAUGAGUCGCAAGGCGGCUGGGCCAGUCGCUCCGAUCCCUAUGGCGCCUAUCAGCCCACCGGACAAUAUACAAGUGACGUCCCCAACAAUACGGAUCCCAUGUCCCUGUUGCCCACAAAGUACCCGGCGCGAAAUUUGAUUCGGUGAGCGAGUAUCGAACUCGCGGCUAAAUGACCACCGAAUACAUUUUUAGUCAGCAACUUUGCGGGGCGCAGCUUUACAUAAUUAGUUGAUAGAUGAACUAGUGAAAAAGUUGCUUAGAUUAGGACGAGUUAAAUUAAAUUAAAUUAUUUUCGCUUAAACUUG